UAUCAUACAUAGGCAGUAAUCGUCGGGAUUGAACCACACCAUCCAUCCCCCUCUACCGUGCCCUACCCAUACCCGAGCCCAUACCUACUGACGAAUCUACAUCUCGCAUACCUACUCAUGUAGGUACUACAUAUGUACCUAGGUAUCUAUCUAGGUACAUAGCACAUGCGUAGAGUGGGCUGAUGCUACCAUUCUCGUCACUUGCCGGCAAAUUCAACGCCUGGCUAAACACUCUUGGAACGGCUCUUGGCCCGCAUGGAUGCGCACCUCUGCACACCUCUACAGCUAGCUGUACAUGUGCAGAACAUGAGAACAUGCGUGAGAGAGAGAGAGAGAGAGAGAGUGUGUGUUACUGUCUUCAUGUCACAUAGUCGCAUUCAGGGCCAGGUCCUGGCCUCGACCGACGUAACCCAUGGCCAGACAUCCCAACCCACUCGACAUCGAACAACCACUUCAUAUGCGGUCUAGGUAGGAAAGCCAUCCUCCCCUCCUCACCCACCCCCAGUCCGUCCACCCCUCUGCCACUGUUGGUGAGAUUCAAAGACCCCUGAAUCGGCGGCACACCGAACCGAUUACUUACCCGGCAUGCGGUUGCUUGGAGGGCCAAGACUGCGUCCGAUCGUCUGUAUUUCGAUAUCUUCGACCACCACAACCACCUGCCGCUCUCCAUGCUCGUUUCUCCACUCAUUGUCCGUCGGCACUAUUUCUCAUAGUUUCCAUACCAUCGGGCCUAGUAAUCUCGGUCCUGCAUCGGGCUGUGCGCUCGCUACUUAUACCACCAGCUCUCGUCGUCCAGGUACUACCACAUGCUCUCAGCGUUUCUUCGCGACUCAACAACCCCCAGCGUCAGCGUCCUUCACCUCCUACAGGAUGGCUUCCACAUUCGCUUUGCCUAAACUCCCCAUUUUUGAUGCCAUAUCACGACACGACCCUAAUUCAACGGCUAUUGCGCAUUGUCUUUCUGGACGUUCAUUUAAAUAUGGCGAGCUGCUUCCAGAUGUUUGUCGAACACGCGAGCAAAUAUACGCUGCUGUGGGCAAGACGGAUAUCCGUGGGGAGCGCAUUGCCUUCCUCGUAGAGAAUGGCUACGACUAUGUUGUGACAUUCCUCGCCAUACUUGCUUCGCGCGCAAUUGCAUUACCUCUUUCGCCACCAUUUCCUGCACCAGAACUGCAGUAUAUUCUCACUCAGUCUCAGGCAUCUUUAUUGCUUCAUUCUGCCAAGUUCGCAUCAAAAGCUAAAGAAGUGCUCACAACACCAUGGCCUGAACUUUCGCCUAAUACAGACCCUGAGUUCAAGCCAACCCUCAAGGCAUUCGAACUGCCCAAGUACCUAGGGCUGGGUCGGGAUAAUGCCACUUUUGAUGCUGUUAAAAUCAUAGAGGAUAACGACACUGAGGGGGCGGGCAUGAUGCUGUAUACAUCAGGGACGACGGCAAGGCCAAAGGGGGUUCUAAUCCCCGAAACCGCUCUCACGGCACAAAGUCGUGCGUUGAUCGAAGCCUGGAAGUACACCCCACAAGACAGGCUGCUGCAUUGCUUGCCCUUACACCACAUUCACGGUACGGUCAACGCCAUCAUUACACCUUUAUUUGCGGGAAGUGUAAUCGAGUUUCUCUUCCCUUUCAAUGCCGAUACUGUAUGGCGACGUUUUGCGAACCCGUUCCUCGAAUCUCCAGGUUCGAACAUUAUCGAUAGUGCCCAAAAUAUCCCAGGAAAGCCUCUUCCAUACAUAUCGCUACCCAGUGCUUUGAGUCGUACAGUCUCGGAAACAGGGAGCACAGGUGCUACUACUCCUGCUAGUAUAGAGACGGGACUGCCACCAGCGGAUACAAGCAGGAUAAGUCAGAUUGCCGCCGAGAUAUAUGGUAUCAUUCGGUUAGCGUCUGGGUCAAAUAACCCCGAAACAACCGGCGUGGCUCUCUCGCUUCAGGAGUCGGCGAGAAUCAGCCAACUAGCUAUAGACUUGAAUGGAGUGGUCCGCCCACAAGCCACUCGUUCGAUAACAUUACCCAAUGGGACAGUGACCUCAAAUGGUACAACAACCAAUGCGGCACUGGAGGAUAAAUUCGCCAAUAUGUGCAGGGAAAAGAUAACGUUCUUCACUGUGGUGCCAACAGUCUAUACUCGUCUUCUGUCUACACACAAGACGCUGCCUCCAGGAAUUGCCCAAGCUGGUCGUAUCGCUAUAAGUCCUGAACAUAUGCGGGUCGCCAUAUCGGGUUCUGCCGCACUCCCGACGCCGGUGAAGCGGGCCUGGAAAGACCUUAGCCGAGGUAACGUGCUCCUCGAACGCUAUGGUAUGACUGAAGUGGGUAUGGCGUUAUCCUGUGGUCUGGAAUUUGACGAUCGCAUUGACGGUAGCGUGGGAUGGCCUCUACCAGGUGUUGAAGCGCGCCUGUUCGACACAGAUACGAAUGAAAUCAUCCCCGAAGACGUAGUUGACCGAGCGGGUGAGAUCCAACUACGUGGUGCAAAUGUAUUCCGCGAGUAUUGGGCCAACCCCAUAGCCACUGCUAAAGAAUUCUUGCCUGCUGGUGAUGGCAAGCGUGCCUGGUUCAAGACAGGUGACGUCGCAGUGCGCCGGAACGUGCCCGCACCCGCCGGCAGCGCAGCAAGUGGAGAUUGGGCUAAGGGUCCCAUGUAUUUCAUCCUAGGACGGCAGAGCGCAGACAUCAUCAAGUCCGGCGGUGAGAAGGUUUCGGCAUUAGAAGUCGAACGUGAACUGUUAUCGUUGCCCGAGGUUCUUGAGGCGGCGGUCUUAGCAGUGCCGUCAGGCAAAUGGGGACAGAAGGUCGGUGCCGUUCUUAUUCUCGAUCGAACCAUCUGUCCCGAGGGCUGGAAACCGAUGGAUAUGCGCCGAGCCCUCAAAGGCCGAUUGGCCAAUUACAAAAUACCCCAGGUCCUGAGGGUUGUCGACCACAUCCCCAGGAACGCCAUGGGCAAGAUCAACAAGAAGAAUCUCGUCCGUGAGGUCUUCUCGGACGAUUUCAGUGGGGACGAGAUGUGAGUUCCCGAACAUAGAAGGAGGAUGAGUAAAAAUCAAUAGAAGGGCGACUUGAUCACUUGGUAAUGUCCCGGGUCGCCUACUGUAAAGUACCUUAAACCAUCUCAUAGGUUUAGGUUUGGAGGGGUUUUGGACGCUUUGGAGAUAUACAUAUUGCAUCUGAAAAUGGGGAGCAUCAUAUACCUAUUACUAACCUACCCGCUUACCAACCUGGCUGCCUUGAUACCUAGUUCUGCAGGACAACUUCACUCAUCUGUAUAUAAUAUUAGCCAGCAACCUACAUAUAUCACAAUUCCACAUGCCUAGACCAACUUAAACACUGAAGCCCAUAUUCUACA